CUGAUAUGACAGUUCGAGUUGGAGUUACCCUUCAUUUUCGUCUAGCAAAUGGUUUAUAAGAGUUUAUUCUUUCUCUUGGGAAUUCGAUUCCACUGAGCAGUCUUUCUCAUUGUUACGUAGGAAGCCUCCAAAAGUCAUAUCCUUCUGUACAUGGCUGGAGUCUAACAAAAGUUAAACAAAGAGAAGUUGAUUGGAGUGAAAGGUUCAUUUCAUUAUUUUAACAUGGACUUUCUCUUUUGAGAAAUAAAAGAUCAGCUAGAUUAGCUCGAAAAAUCUGUCUUUGCUUCUUAAGAAUGUGGUCCUAUGAGAGAACGAUUUAAAGGAUAUUUUUUUCCACAUUGUCGGCGGUUUUAACGGGCGAUUAGAUAUUGGGUUCCUUUGCAUAAUCUCUUCCUCAUGAGAACGGUUCAUAUUGAUUCCUCAAACGAUUUUUCAAAUUCUUUACGUUUUUUUUUGUUGUGUAAUACACUGUUGUCAAUUUGUAAGUUGGGAAUUAAUUGGAUGCGCGUACCGUGCACAGCUGCUUCCAUCAACCUUGAGGCAUAAAUUCUUUUCUUUCCUGGAUAUAUGUCAGAAUCUUCAUAUUUAAAGAUGAUUAGUUCCAUCUUCUUUUUUCAUGUUUUGUAAAUUUUUCUUGAGCCGCUUGCGUGGUGUGGCUGGACAGUUUCACUGUUUCGAGCUCACAGAUGUAUACGGGAAAAGAGCAAGGUAAGUAGUUGCCAUGGGUUGCGUUAUUUCAAAGAAGUCUGGGCAUACACCUGGAUAUGAAGAGCCUAAAGUUCUUGCUGCUGCAACACCUUUUACUGCAAGCGAAGUCGAGGCCUUAUACGUGCUCUUCAAAAAAUUAAGUAGUUCAAUUAUUGCCGACGGGCUUAUUCACAAGGAAGAGUUUCAGCUUGCUCUUUUCGGGAACAGAAAUCGGAGAAAUCUUUUUGCCGACAGGAUAUUCGAUUUGUUCGAUAUGAAAGGGAAUGGGGUCAUUGAGUUUGGGGAAUUCGUAAGAUCGCUCGGCAUCUUUCACCCGAAUGCACCAACGGAAGACAAGAUUGCAUUUGCUUUCAGGUUGUAUGACUUGAGGCACACCGGAUAUAUCGAGCGAGAAGAGUUGAAGGAAAUGGUAUUGGCACUUCUUCACGAAUCAGAUUUGGUACUCAUGGAGGAUGUCGUGGAAACCAUCGUGGAUAAGACAUUUAAGGAAGCCGAUACAAAAGAUGACGGACGGAUUGAUCAGGAAGAGUGGAAGGACUUUGUGUUGAAGAAUCCUUCUCUGAUGAGAAAUAUGACUCUUCCAUAUCUAAAGGACAUAACAUUGGCAUUUCCCAGUUUCAUAGUGAGUUCUGAGUAUGAAGAUUCAGAAGUAUGACUCUCUGUUCCAUCACGAAGGCGUCGACGACAUGUCAAAUCAAUGUCAUAUAGAACUAGAUGAUGCUCUGAGAAUCUGCCAAGUAUGAGCUAUCGUCGCGAGGUAAAAUCUGAAGGAGAAUAAGAUGCACCAAUGUAUAAGGGAUAUGUUAUGGAUCAUGGAGCAUUCAAAGCCUCAUCUGUCUCUCAUUUUUUUGAGUUCAGAAAGAUUUGAGUGGAUACAUGGAAGAGAGGUAUAUUUGCAAUGUAUAUAGUUAACUUUCUCAUGGACUUCAAGGUUUAAGAAGAUCAGGUGUGUAUGUCUAAUUAAUCAUCGGAUCAUGUUCCUGUGCCUCGUGAGACUUGAUAACAUUGAACAUUUUCAUACA